GGAGCUCUUGGGUCAAUGUGUACGAAUAUGCGUUCAAAAAGAAGAAAUGCAAAUUUGGAUUUACUACCGCCUCACGGCUGACGGGUUUAUGGACUUGUUUUCUGUCUUACAACCAGGACCUGGGAUAUUCACCGCUGGAACUGAAAUGGCUUCAUCCUAACUCUCUGUGGGACAUGGCACCCAUGAGGUCUUGUUUGUCACUCUGUGUUGUGCUGCACUGAAAGAGUCUUGUCAUGGUGGAUGUUGGGAAGUGGCCAUUAUUUGCCUUGCUUCCACCACAAGACCUCAAUUCAAUUCGUCUAGCCUGCGUCUUUGGCACAUCUGGUAAUGAGACUCUGUAUGUCACAGAAAAUGACGAGGUGUUUGCCUUUGGCACAAACUGCAGUGGCUGCUUAGGAACUGGGGAUAUUCAAAGCACAAUUGAGCCCAGGAAAAUAGACAUCUUGUGCGGUAAGAAGAUCAUUCAUCUAAGUUACGGGAGUGGACCCCAUGUGGUGCUUACUACUUCAGAUGGAGAAGUUUAUGCCUGGGGGAAUAAUGGUUACAGUCAGCUUGGCAAUGGGACAACUACUCAAGGAUUAUCUCCUUGUCAGGUUUCCACCAAUCUGCUGCACAAGAAAGUAAUCGAGGUGGCCUGUGGAUCUCAUCAUUCCAUGAUACUGACAUCUGAUGGAGAAGUUUAUGCCUGGGGUUAUAAUAACUGUGGACAAGUUGGAUCAGGAUCUACUUCUAAUCAACCAACACCACGAAGAGUGACCAGUUGCUUACAAAAUAAAGUGGUCAGCACCAUUGCAUGUGGUCAGUCAUCUUCCAUGGCAGUGCUGGAUAAUGGAGAGGUGUAUGGUUGGGGUUACAAUGGUAAUGGGCAACUUGGAUUGGGCAGUAAUGGCAAUCAGCCGACCCCAUGUAGACUGGCAGCAUUGCAAGGAAUUCAUGUGUGUCAGAUUGUCUGCGGUUACGCUCACACUCUGGCAUUGACAGAUGAGGGAUCACUCUAUUCCUGGGGAGCUAAUGCAUAUGGCCAGCUGGGCAGCGGCAUUAAAAGCAACCAGUCUUGUCCUGUGCAGAUCAUUGUGGAUCGGGAAAGGAUUGUGGAGAUUGCAGCCUGCCAUUCCACUCACACCUCAGCUGCUAAGACCCAGGGUGGUCAGGUGUACAUGUGGGGCCAGUGCCGGGGACAGUCAGUCAUCCUCCCACAGCUCACUCACUUCUCUUGCACGGAUGAUGUUUUUGCCUGCUUUGCCUCUCCAGCAGUUACAUGGCGCUUGUUGUCCGUAGAAAGUGACAAUCACUUGACAGUGGCACAAUCAAUGAAGAAAGAGUUUGACAGCAUGGAAACCUCGGACCUAAAGUUUCUCGUGGAUGGAAAGGUUAUUCAUGCUCACAAAGCUGUUCUCAAAAUAAGGUGUGAACACUUCCGAUCCAUGCUCCAUGAUGAUGAGGUGAUUGAGAUUGACCAGUUUAGCUAUCCAGUGUACCGUGCCUUUCUAGAAUAUUUGUACACAGACUCUGUCAGCCUACCUCCCGAGGAUGCGAUAGGCCUUUUGGAUUUGGCAGCACUUUACGGAGAGAACAGCUUAAAAAACCUUUGUGAGCAGACUAUUAAACAGGGUAUUUCUGUGGAGAAUGCCAUAACUUUACUGUCGGCUGCAGUGAAAUAUCAGGCAAAGGGGUUGGAAGAGUUUUGCUUUAAGUUCUGUGUCAAUCAUUUGACAGCCGUGACACAAACACAGGGCUUUUCGGACAUGGACCAUGAGCUCUUGAAGAAUUUCAUCAGCAAGGCUGGGAAGCACGGGGCAUUCCGGAAUUGAAGCAGGAACUUGAGCAGACACUGAAUGCACCAGUCUCCCGGUCGUCUUUGUUAGUUCUUUUUCUUCCCCGCUCUAUUUAGUUUAUCUGCCCAUACCCCUUCAGACAUCUGCCCUGGCAGGGUUAGAGUUCCAGAGGUGCCAAAUGACACUGUGCCCAAGAAGCUAUUAUAUCUUUAUUAACCUUAAACAGGCUGUUCAAGUAGGGAAGUAUUACAGCUGAGUUCUUUGCUUGGUAUUUAGCAGUGCACAAUUCUAGUGAGUGUGUGCUCAACAGUAAUCUGGAGAUGGGUCCUGUCUGACUUUUUUCCCUUCCCUAACUGCUGACAGUUGCAGCACCAUUCUCCACUGCCCUAGAUGAAACUCAGCACGGACCAGCGACCAAACCUGGAACCUUCCACAUCUGAAUGGUUCAGCUACUCGUGCAAGAAAGGAAUUGGUUUUGCUUUUGAAGAAAAGGGUCAGCAUCACGAGUGAAACAUGAGAUUAUGCAAGUCAUUCUCUUAAUAUGUUUUGCACGUGGCAGAGUGAAGGACUUCCGAAUUCAAUUUAAUGUGCAAUUCAGAACUAAGCAUCAUGGUUUUGCUUUAGGAAUAUCCUUAUGAUUCCUGUAGUUGCUGAUUUCAUAUCAUGGUGUCCACUUUAAAAUGAGUGACAAACCAUUGUUAUUUUAGCAAGAAUUUUGCAAUCCUAUAGAUAUGUUUUCCUGAAUCAAUUUUUGUAACAGUGAAAACAAAAUGAAGGAUAUCAGCAUAUUCUAGAUGACUCAUUACAUUAUAAGUUUAUUAAUAGUAGUAGAUAGGAAUGCUAGAUUCUCAGCAAAAGGCACUUAGUGCUGUAUCAGUAGACAUCUUAUGGAGCUGGAUAACCUUAAUUAGCAAAGGGAUGGAGAGAGGGAGCAAUGUCAACAGAUAAUUGAAUGUUUUAUGGACACAAAUCCUUUGGUUGCUGGGAAUAUCAGCUAUGGCAUACAAUUGGUCAUUUAGAAUAACUAUGCUAUUACAUCAAUGGUGAGAUGUUUUAGUAGGUUAGUGUGGAGGGAUAGAGCUUUAUCUUCAGGUUUUGGUUGCAACUAGUCCCUUCUCAGCUUAAGUGAACAGAGUAGAACUCCUAGGUUUUCUCUCUGAUAUAGCCAGGUGUUGCGGCCCCUGACAGUUGAACUUUCCAUCUAUCAGUAAGGAAAUAAAUGCAUUUGAAUUGCCCAGUGUUUUAAAACUGAUUUUAUUCUGACUGAGGGAGGAUAUUCCAUCACUUUCUGGUUCUUUUUCUGUAGUCGAGGCACAGCUGAAGCGAAGUUACAGUAUCUCUCAACACUCUAAAUCAGUAAACAAACAAUCUUAAAGAACAUUACAUUAUAAUAUAAAAUAAUGUAAUUAUAUUACAAUAUGCAGGAGAAAAUCUCCUAACCAUUGUAUGUGGAUCCUUGGAAGCAGAAUGGCUAAGUGAAUUUGUUUUAAACAUUUUCGUUAGAGACCAUCUCUAAUUGCUGUGAAUUAGUGACAGUAGAGUUUCUUCAACUGCUGCUUUAAGUCAGUUUUGGUUCCCUGAAAUUUGAAGGCAGUCUUUGAAGAGUUAUUGUGCACAAUCUCACAUUUGAAUGCAGAUGGAUGAUUCUACUUUGAUCACAUUUUUUUGUUGUAUUAGGAAAUGGUUUGUGCUUAAGGACUGUUAAAACCUUACAGGUCUUAGGCCAGAGCAUUCCUUGGAGCUGCUCCAGAUCUCUUGCUGUUAUUUCACUGAAAGACUGUACAAAGUAAACUCACCAGCUUCAGGGAAAUUACCAGCCUUGAUUUCCAGGAUCCUACAGGUAGCAUUCUGCUAAAGAUACUGGGAUAUUAUGUGUGGAAGGGACAAAGUAGAUAGACCCUUACAUAAUGACUAUUGGUCUGAACUAUCUUAUCUCCUUGUUCCAUCGAGUGGAGAUCCAUCUGAGGCUAACAGAUAGAUGAGUUAUGUGCAACUAAUUUUGUGUUGGUUUGAACUAGACUCACCUGAGGGUAGAUUUAAUACUGGUGCAGAUUUGAAUACACCAGUACAGAGGUGGACAUGCACUGAAUUUGUUCCAUAGUGUCCAUCCCCAGUUUAUCUGCAAUCCAUGAUGUUCAUGUACUUCAACUUAUCUAACAAUUAUUGUUAACAGGACAGCUUCUCUCAAACUGCAUUUAUACUUGAAUUGAGUGAGAUUACAGCACUAGGUGUCUCAAUUGGUUCAACACUUUAAGGGGGGGCGGGGGGGGGGAAGGUUUGUGUUGGGUGAACAUGACCGUUGUGUAUUAGGGCCCAAUUGCAGAGGUUUAAUCAUGUUAGUCAUUGCCAGCCAAAGGCUGAUAUAGAUAAUAAAUAUGCAUUUAAAUCCUUCUAAUAGUUUAACAACAUACAAAUUUAAUAACUGGAAAAUGUAAUUUAUAAACCAAUUUAGAGAAACAAAUCUACCUAAAUGUUAAUGCUGCCCUCAGUUAUGUUUUUUAUUGUCGUGACUGCUGUAUUGUAAUUUGUUUACCUUCAGCUUUUGUGUUACAAAUAGUGACUUGAUCCUUUGUCAAAUUUUAUUUUCCCUUGAGAAUGUGAUUUUUGAUUUAAAAAGGUGUAAUGUUAAAUUGUUACUUAUACUAAAGUAUAAAGUGUUCAGUAUAGUCUGUUUAUUUACAUUGAAUCACAUAACUGGCUAUGAAACUGGAUGUUGUUGAGACUAUUACUUGUAUAAUUGAAGCUUCUGACAGCACUUAGCUUCUUUGACUUGUACUAUCAUUUAAAAUAAAGGAUUAAAAGUUGCAAGAUG